GAAAAUGGGCACCGACGCCAUCUUCGGCCCCGUGAAGGCGACAGUCCAAGCCGCCUGUGGCCAGAAAAGCGAUGCCAAGGAGACGAUGAAGAACUUCAAGGAGGGCAACCCGGCCGUCCUGAUGGUCCGAGGAGCCUACCACACAGCCGGCGGUCGUCCCAAGAAGGGGAAAGAGCUCUGUAAGAAGGGUGCCAAGAACACCGCCUCGAUUGUCAACGGCGUGGCGAACGCCACUCCUGUGGUGGGUCACGUCAAAGCGGGCUAUCACUACGCUCGCAAGGACAAGGAGGCCGGCCAUAAGGCGAUGAAGAGCGCCAGCAGGUCUACCGCGGGCUGUGUGGGAGCCGCGGCAGGCCUCUCCGCUGGUCUUGGCCCGGGGGCCGUGGCAGGAUAUGUGGCUGGCGUCAGCGCAGCGGACGGCGUCAUUUCGUCUGUUGGCUCAAUGUUCCACGGCGAGAGGCGGUUGCACGGAAAUGCCGCCGCGUGGGGCGAGGUCAUCGAGAAUCCGUCCGUCGGCAACGCUGUCGAGGUGGUCAUCGGCCACGGGAUGGAUGUCCUAGGAGGGAUAUGUGUUGGAUCUGGCCUUGGCGACGCCGUCGGGGGUGACGCAGCGGCCGCCAGCUCCGACAUGUCCACGGUAGCUGACGUAGGUGAUGCCGACGCGGUCGACGUGGGCGGGGGAGUAAAAGUAGGGGACACGGAAACGUCGGUUUCAGGAAUGCUGUUUGCGGAUGAUUUUGUCGGUAUGUCGGACACCCCUGAGGGACUGCAACUGCAAAUUGACGCGGCGAAGAAGUUUGCUGAUAAGUGGAGAUUGUCUGCCAACGUUAAGGAGAGCGCCGUCAUGUAUCGCAUGUGUGGGAUGGGCGAGGAGAGGUUGCCGAGAAUUGUAUGGAAGGCAAAGUGGGCAAACAAAAAGAGGGGUAGACAACCCACGGAAUGGGUCAAGGUUGUAGAGGACGUAUGGAAGGGGCUCGACAUCGACGAAGAUGAAACGCUGGAAACGGAGGGUCUACAGGGGUUCAAGGAGAAAAUACAUGUUGCUUGUGUCGAGAGAGCAGAACAGAAUCUAAGGAAAAAAUCCAAGGAUAAGGAGGGUCUAGAAGUGUACGGAAUGUUGAAGGAAGGAAUAGGGUUCAAGGACUACCUACAUGGACCAAUGGAUGCAGGAACAAAGCUUAAGGUCGAAUUCAGGACCGGGGACAUAGGCUUCGAGCAACGUCGACGAAGACAUAGGACGGUAGACGAGGAAGACGACGAGUUCAAAUGUGAUUGCGGCUUCGAAUGCGAAGACCGUGUUCAUGUAGUCGCGGAAUGUCCGUUGUACAAGAAGGAGAGGGAAGUGUACGUGACUGAGCUGGGAAAAAUAGAUGGAACGUACAGGGAGAUGUUUGAGGCAUGGAAUAGAGAGGAAAGGACGGUAGCUGUACUGGGGUAUUCGAAGUGGGUUGAAAAGGCGGGAAGGGAUAUCGUUAGGAUAGACAGACUAGGGAAGACAUUUUUGAGCCACCUUUGGCAAAGUAGAAAGGAACGAUUGGCCAUCGGUGAUCGAUCCUGUGGGAACAAUGCUCCGUCCUCUCGAGGACGCGUGGAUAUCGAGGAACACCGGUACGGGCACAUGCACCAAGGUCUUGGGUCGCACAGCAACCCGACAUGUGCGGAAGCGAAGGAACGGGCAGAACGAGGGGACCUGCAACGCAGUUUGCACGGGGUUUCCCGCGCAAAGCACAAUCAGAAUGCGCGGAAAGGGGAGGACUUCAUCGCGUCCGGGAUCCGGGGACGGAUCAUACUCCCAGUGACCGACGCCGAGCGGUCUGCUACGAUGCGGGCGCCCUCGAAGAACCCUGCCUCAGCUGUGAUGUUCCCGCGGUACAUCAGCAUUGACAAACCCCACGCGGACCCUGUGGUAGGGGGUAGUGCAUCCCAGGAGUCGACAGCAGCCCCUGCGGGCCAGACACCCGUAGUCUUCAACCCAUACCAGUAACCCUCGAGACUUAGAAGGGAAUAAGGUAGCGUUGGCUGUUUUAGGUCAAGUAGACGUAGGAGAGAGAUGAAGAGAGAGAAAGCUAGAAGACUGCAGGUAGUUCCCUCCGGGAAUCAGCAAUAGGAGUAAUCCCAGCGUGCCAUGUCAUAUAGCUUUGCGGAAGCCCUGGGCUUGCCCACGCACAUACAAGAGAUAGGUAGAGAGGAGCGAGUCUGGUGCCCCCCUUGUCGAGCCGAGCCGGGUCCUAUUUUAUAUUUUCUUUUAUCGGGGUGGGAGACUCGCCCCAACAGUGUUCGAAGCACGUGUGAGUUUGGCUUCCCUGCCACGCAAAACCCGCAAGCGUAUUGCUCCCGUAGUCGAGAGUUUUGUAUCUUUCUAGUUUCGUGUUGUUGGAAGUUUUCUAUCUUGUCCUUUUUUUCAUUUGAUGUUCGUCACAUCUCCCUCCACCUAAAUUAUCGGGUGUUUGAUGCUCACGGACGAAGCCUCUCUGUUGCUUGUCCCCCCUAUAUCUUCUCUGUUUUUGUCAAUAGUCCUGUCGAUUGUUUGGGGUGGACACGUAUCGGACCGACUUCGGAUUCUUCACUAACACAGCCUUGAGGAUGAUAUGUCUCGAUCGUUAGGAAGGUAGCUACUUCAGGUCAAACUGGUUUACCGGUGUUGAAGACAUUCAGGAUGGUUACUGCAUGCUCUCCUUGUCAAUUUACACCAAGUAAUAACUGGACGCAGUUCAACCCCACCUCGCCACUGCAACGCUCUCGGCUGAUCCCCGCUGACUGACAUGGCUCCGGCUAGGGGGAACGACCAGUGUUUACACCCAUGCACAAAACUCGUACUUCGAGAAAGGCUAUUUCGCGGCAUAGGUGCGCAACACGCCGGCGCUCCUAGUGGCUAGAAGAAUCGUCCACGCCAACUUCGACAUUCACACAAAUAAGAUGGUAGUCCUGAUCCACGAACGGCAUAACAUGACGAAACGAAAGCCGACGCCACGGACAGACCAAGUUUCACCUUCUGCCUCGGAAAAUUGUUCAAGGGCCACCCCCGCUAGACACUCCAGCUCCCUCCAAAACCGACAGCGAGAAAUCCAUUGUAACCGGUCGGGAAAGGUUACCGUCGUCGUCCCUUCCGUCCUGCGCAGGCACUUCUGACGUCUUGAAAUCUCUACCGACAGAGACCUUCUCCCCACUACCUGUCGGGGCGUUGCUCCCUGUCCGGGCGUUGCCCUCACCCGCGUUCUCACCACCACGCCCCCCGCAUCCUCCCUCGGCUGGACCACUCCCCGUCGCAUUGGGGCCUGCCCCUUCAACAGAUUCCUGCCCGAACCCACCCACAUACGCCGCGAGGUAAUCGAGGAGAUCAUUUUUUCUUGAGUUCAUUGUGCCCUUCUUAAUCCCGGCGUCCUUCACGAGCACGAGAACUUGUCUUACAGUGCACCUGUCGCUAAUCUCCGCCCGGGACAUCCCCUUCAACUGAUNGGUCUAGCGACUACGGCAUGCACGACUAUGAGUACCCCCCCCCCCCCUCCCCCUCCUGCGGCCCCGCCUCCCUGUGCAACCCCCUCUGUUUCGCCACUACCGGUCCCCGCCCCUCCAUUUGUCCCGACCCGUGCGUUCAGCUGUUGUCGCAAAGAAGGCGCGGCCUUCGAGAACUUGAGGGAAGCAUUCUCCUUUGCACUCUUCGCGAAGUCACCCAUUCGCACGUUGAGGACUUUCCGACAACGAAAAGAAACAUCUCUUGGGAUACACUAGGAUCGAUGGCAGGAGGACCAGGGGGGCAGCAGUUUCCCCAUACUUCCUUGACGACCUCCGCCUCGCUUUCAACUUUGAAAAUCUCGGCUGGCAAGUCUCCGAGGCAAGCAGCAAGGAAGAUGGAUGGGUUUUUAAAAAUAAUGGAAUAUGCCCCUCUCCACGGCAUACACGAACUCUACCCACUCCAUCUUAGGGUAAACAAGUCCCGGACCGUUCUUCGUAUCGUUCUUCGAAUCGAAUUUUGCUACAAUAUCUCUCAGCAUAGAAUCAGUAAACAUCGCCUCCCCACUGGACCGGCGAGUGUUCUGUUGGACGACACGCACCCAAUCCUCGGAAAGGUUGUGUCUUCUUUGAUGCGUCCAAGCCUUGCUGGCCGCCCACCCGGCAAUGUAAUACAGGACUUGACCGCGCGGUUUUGUGAUCUGUACCUUUCACUCGGGUAAGCGAGCUCCACGGCCACGGAAUCCU